CCGUCCCCCGCUUCUUGACACUGCCUCGACGGGACGGCCCCGAGGUGAGCGGCGGGCGGGCGCCGGACAGUCGGCCCAAUAUGUCAAGACCUCUGAUCACUAGAUCCCCUGCAUCUCCAUUGAACAAUCAAGGCAUCCCCACUCCAGCACAGCUCACAAAGUCCAACGCACCAGUUCACAUUGAUGUGGGUGGGCACAUGUAUACCAGCAGCUUGGCCACGCUUACAAAAUAUCCCGAUUCCAGGAUCGGAAGGCUCUUUGAUGGCACAGAGCCCAUCGUCCUGGACAGUCUCAAGCAGCAUUACUUCAUCGACAGAGAUGGGCAAAUGUUCAGAUAUAUCUUGAAUUUUUUAAGAACAUCGAAACUCCUCAUUCCUGAUGAUUUCAAGGACUACAGUUUGUUAUAUGAAGAAGCGAAGUAUUUUCAGCUUCAGCCCAUGYUGGGAGAAAUGGAAAGGUGGAAACAGGACCGGGAGACUGGCCGCUUCUCAAGGUCCUGUGAGUGCUUGGUGGUGCGAGUCGCCCCGGACCUUGGAGAGCGGAUUACGCUGAGCGGCGAUAAGUCGUUGAUAGAAGAAGUGUUUCCCGAAAUYGGUGACGUGAUGUGCAACUCGGUCAAUGCUGGCUGGAAUCACGACUCGACGCACGUCAUCCGGUUUCCGCUGAACGGAUACUGUCACCUCAACUCAGUUCAGGUCCUAGAGAGGUUACAGCAAAGAGGGUUCGAGAUCGUGGGCUCCUGCGGAGGUGGGGUGGACUCUUCCCAGUUCAGUGAAUACGUGCUGAGGCGAGAACUCAGAAGGACAUCUCGUGCACCCUCCGUCAUUCGAAUAAAGCAAGAGCCUCUGGACUAAAAUGGACAUGUUUCUUUAUGCAAAAAAAAAAAAAAAA